UACGACAGCUCGUGACGUAGCCUCAGGUCGUUUCUCCUCCUUCUUCUUUACCGGGACCUUCUCAUCCUCUGCUCCCCGCGCUCCUCGCUCCUUCAGCGGCCUGACACUCACGACAAAAUGGCGUCCAGACGCUUCUUCGUGGGAGGAAACUGGAAAAUGAACGGAAACAAAGAGAGUUUGUUAGAAGUGAUGAACACGUUAAACACGGCGAGUCUGCACGAGGACACAGAGGUGGUCUGCGCCGCGCCCUCCAUCUACCUGGACUUCGCUCGGUCCGGUCUGGAUCCCAGGAUCGGAGUCGCUGCACAAAAUUGUUACAAAGUGGAGAAAGGAGCGUUUACAGGGGAGAUCAGCCCUGCCAUGAUAAAGGACUGUGGAGCAGACUGGGUCGUACUGGGACACUCGGAGCGUCGACACGUGUUCGGGGAAAGCGACGAGCUGAUUGGUCAGAAGGUGUCUCACGCUCUGCUCAGCGAUGUGUGCGUCGUCGCCUGCGUCGGCGAGACGCUGGAGCAGCGCGAGGACGGAAGCACGGAGGAAGUGGUGUAUGCGCAGGCGCAGGUCAUCGCAGAGAAUGUGAGCGACUGGGGAAAAGUGGUGCUCGCGUACGAACCUGUGUGGGCGAUCGGAACAGGAAGAACAGCCACACCUGAGCAGGCUCAGUCGGUCCAUGAGAAGCUGAGGGCGUGGCUCAGAGCUCACGUGUCUGAUGACGCGGCCGACUCAGUGCGGAUCCUCUAUGGAGGUUCGGUGACGGCAGCGAACUGCAGAGAACUUGCGUCUCAAAGCGACGUGGACGGAUUCCUGGUGGGUGGGGCUUCCCUGAAGCCAGAGUUCAUCGACAUCAUCAACGCUCGCGCUUAAACCGACGUAGACGCACUUUGACCUUUGAAUCAACCGUGUAGAAUUCUCUCUGUUAGUAAAUUUCACUGCGUUAUUUUAUUUGUCUAAUUUACACUUUAUCGUCUUUUAAACGGAAAUUACAUUCAAACUGAAUGAUCAGCUUUAAAGGUGCAGUAUGUAGAUUUAAUAUAUUUAAAAUACUAAUCUGAAAAUAAUAACUAUGGUGUUUUUGUUUGUCAGGUUUAACCGGUUUUUUUUUCUUCACAAUGUUGUGUUUGCAUAAAUACUGACGACGCAGGGCUUUUAAUUUGUAGACGUCAUGUGACUCGGUGUUUACGCCGCCAUGUUGGCAGGAAAAGCUUCUGUUAAAGUAAAUGUGCUGAGAGUUCACUGUCACUUUAAAUCCUCCCUCAUCUCAAAUAGCGCAACUUC